UGUAGUCUUUGUGUGCACGAAGGAAGAGUGUUCUGGGCAAAGCCUCGUUGGGUUUCUUCCUUGGCUGUGUGCGUGUGUGUUUUCUAAGUUUCAUCAUGUGUGUGUGUUCUUGUGUGAGACAAAGAGAGUUGAGAGGUGAGAGGCAGCAAGAGGUAGAAGAAGAAGCGGCACUGCAAGAGGAGGCGGCGCCAACAACUUCCUGCCGUGCUCCGCCGCGACGCCCGGCGCGUCGGAGGAGGAGGCUCUGUCCGCCUUCAUGGACGACGUUGCCACGCUGCGCGCGGGAGCCGCCGGCGUGCCCGACGAGGUCCUGGUCUGCCUGGUGGGCAACAUGGUGACGGAGGAGGCGCUGCCGUCGUACCAGAGCAUGGGGAACCGCACGGAGGGCAUCGCGGACGACACCGGCGCCAGCAGCCUCCCCUGGGCGCAGUGGAUCCACGGCUGGACGGCCGAGGAGAACCGCCACGGCGACCUCCUCAACCGCUACCUCUACUUCUCCGGCCGCGUCGACAUGCGCCAGGUCGAGACCACCGUCCACCACCUCCUCCGCAACGGCAUGGAGAUGCUGGUGCCCAAGAGCCCGUACCACAGCGUGAUCUACGGCGCGUUCCAGGAGCGCGCGACCUUCGUCUCCCACGUGCACACGGCGAGGCUCGCCGGGCAGCACGGCGACCAGGCGCUCGCCAAGAUCUGCGGCGUGAUUGCCGCCGACGAGAAGAGGCACGAAGCGGGCUACACCAGGGUGUGCGCCAAGCUCUUCGAGGUGGACCCCGACGGCAUGGUGCGCGCGCUGGCGCACGUCAUGCACGGCAAGGUCACCAUGCCGGGGCUGCUCAUGUCCGACGGCCACGACGCGGCCAGUGGCGAGAACAGCCUGUUCGAGCGGUUCUCCGCCGUGGCGCAGAGUGCCGGCGUGUGCACGGCGAGGGACUACGGCGAUCUGGUGGAGCACUUCAUGCGCAGGUGGCGGGUGGCAGAGCUCGCCGGACUCUCUGGAGAAGGCCGCCGCGCGCAGGAAUACGUGUGCGGGCUGCCGCCCAAGAGGAGCUGGCACACCAGAGGGUGGCCCGUAGCGAGCUCAGGCCGGCCCGCUUCAGUUGGAUCUUCGAUAGGCACGUCAUGGUGGGCUGAACCAUGGACUAACGUAUGUUUGGUUUGCCUCAAAAGAAAAACAUAUGUUUGGUUAGAUUCCCAUCCUCAAAAAAAAGUUUAGUUAGAUUCCGCUCCUCCCCUAA